AUGACCGGUAUGAGAGUUGCUCAAUUGUUGGAGCAAGGAAAGCCUUUGAAAGUCACGACAAUUGAGAAGCCAACUCCAGGACCAAAAGAUGUUCUCGUCAAAGUCGAGGCCGCUUGUCUUGUUCCAAACAGUGCCAAUGUCAUAACAAAAGGUCCAGGCCUUCAUUUUGCCUUGCCGGAGUUACCAAGUGUUUUCGGUUUGGAUGCUGCCGGUGUUAUUGAAGCUGUAGGAGAAAAUGUUGUUGGGCUAAAGGCCGGGGAUCGAGUUUAUGUCGACCCGUACACAACUUGUAGCUCCUGCAAACCAUGUCGAAAGGGGAGGAAGGAUUUAUGUGUUUCGGCAUGCCUACGUGCGUACUUCGGAAUUUCAACCCCAGAAGGAAAGGUACUUCUUAACCAGUAUCCCAUCGGUUCACUUUCACAAUACUUGUUGUCACCUGAUGCAAAUAUUUGCGUGAUCCCUUCCUCGAUCGACAUCAACACCGCAGCUCGAUUUGGCUACAUCGGUACUUCGUACGCAGGUCUUAAAAAAUGUGGAAUGGGACCUGGAAAGACACUUGUAAUCAACGGUGUGACAGGUACUUUAGGAUAUGCCGCCGUAGCGAUUGCUCUUGGUUUCGGUUGUACAAAGAUUCUGGGCAUCGGACGCAAUAAAGAACGUCUCGCUGAGAUUGAAGGAAUAGCUACGAAGGGACGUAUCGCUGUCCGUUCCACUGAAGAUGAGGGAGAUCUCAUCCAAUGGAUUAAGGAACAAACGAAUGGAUCAGGUCCCGAUGGUCUUUAUGAUUGUCUUGGUAAUGGAGGUGAUGUAGACGGUACCGCUAAACUGAUCAGCGCUGUGAAGCGUGGUGGAAGAGUAGCAUUGGCUGCUGGUGGAGUAAGCGGUGACAUCACUCACACUUAUGCCGAACUCUUCAUGCGGGACGUUAGUGUUAACGGGACACUGUGGUUUACCAGCGAGGAGAUAGAUGAGUGCAUCGAGUUGAUUGGAGCGGGAGUCAUUGACUUCUCAUUCCUCAAACACAAAUUCUUCUCAUUGGAUGAGGUCAAUGAUGCGUUUAAGACUGUAGGAGACCGUCCUGGUGGAGCAUUGAAUGUUAUUGUACAGCCACAGGCAUAG